AUGGCUGCAGAAGUGGGAGAAAAUGAAACAACAUUAGUAUGCAGACACUACCCACAUCCAGAGAAUGAAAACAUCGUAUACUGGGAUGUUCCGGGAUGCGGAACGAAACAUUUCCCUUCUGAGUCAUACUUAGAAAAAAUCCAGAUUUAUCGCUACGACGUUUUCCUGUUAGUUUCAUCAGGAAGAUUCCACGAGUUAGAUAUCUGGCUGGCAGGGGAACUUAAAAAGCGGAAGAAAAGACAUUAUUUCAAAAUUAAAAGUAGAAUUCUCACAUCUCUUGGAACAACAGAUGAUAUAAAUGUGUUCCUGGUAUCAAAUCAUCAUCCUCAACAAUACGAAUUUCCAAAUCUACUCUUGAAUUUAGCUGAUGAGGCCAAUAUUCAUAAAAGGAUUUCACUUACAUUUGGUGUAGCUGGAUUGUCAACAGCUAUAUUAAAUGAAAAAGUAAACGCCCUACGACAGCGCACAGGCAAAAUAGCCAUUUUAGCAGCUUUAGGGUACAUGUAUGAACCUGCCAUGGAUCUACACAUACCACUUCUUAACAGCCUUUUGCAAAAUGAAUUAGUCUUUUAUAGACGUCAAUUGUCUUUAGAUGUAAACUCUUUGGAAAAACUUGCAAAUAUUGCACUGAUGAACCUGGAAAGUUUAAAGAAUUUAGUACAACUGAAAUCAAUACAAUCAAUUUCCGAAAAAGAUAUUGGUUUGUUGAUUGAUGAAGCUCAGAAGCAAACCGUCUUACAGAAACCUGACAUGACAGCACUAACAUUUCCGUUGUCGAUAUUAUUACUUCCAUACAAAAUUUGGACUUAUAAGAUAAUCAAGAACGUAUUAAGUAGUCAACUUACUCUGAUGGUAAAGGAUGCCAAAAAAGUGCUCGAAACUGUUGUGUCCAAGAAAGCAUUCACAGUAUAG